AUGUAUACCGAUACUUUUAAAAACACAUUUGCAUUGGAUGUAUUGGAGUACCUCUCCAUUGUUAAGAUCCCAGAAGUUAACCCAAAUGACACUCAAUCCGAUAACGAUUCUUCAUCAUCUAAUUUAAGGAAGAAUGAUAUCGAUUUAGAGGUUGCUACUCAAGACAGUGCGCAGGACAGCAUUGAUUCAAAUUUAAAUAAAGAAGAAGCAAUCGUGGAAGAAAAGGAUCCAUUUCUAGUAGAUUGGAAUGGUGAUAAUGAUCCAGAUAAUCCUCAAAACUGGUCCACAAGUAAGAAAACAUUCAUGGUCAUCCAAGUCAUGUUAUUGACUUCUGUUACAUACAUGGGUUCAUCUAUUUAUACUCCUGGUCAAGAAGCUCUACAAAAGGAGUUUCAUGUUGGUCAUGUUGCUGCUACAUUAAAUCUUUCAAUAUACGUUCUAGGCUAUGGGUUAGGUCCUAUUAUGCUUUCACCAUUCUCAGAAUUCGCCCUAUUAGGUCGUCAACAUAUCUAUAUUAUAACCCUGUUUUGUUUCUGUAUGUUCCAAAUUGGUGCAGCUACAGUACAUAAUUUAGGUGGUAUGAUUGUUAUUCGUUUCUUUAGUGGUAUAUUUUGUAGUCCUGCUUUGACCACAGGUGGUGCCACAAUUUCAGAUAUAAUUAAUCCUCAGAUGGUUCCAGUUGUCAUUGGUUUAUGGAGUGUUGCUGCUGUCGCAGCUCCUGCUUUAGGUCCUCUAAUUGGUGCAGCAAUGCAAGUUGCUGAAGGUUGGAGAUGGAUCUUCUGGUUAUUACUUUGGAUGUGUGCUGCUACUUUGAUUCUUUUGAUUAUCUUCUUCCCAGAAACUCAUCAUGGUAAUAUCUUAUACCGUCGUACAAAUAGAUUAAAGAAGAUGACUGGUGAUGAUAGAUACUAUUCUAAGCAAGCUAAAAAGGAAUCCGAAUUGGAUUUGAAAAGUUUCACGUUAACUGCUCUAUACAGACCAAUUAAAAUUAUUGUUAAGGAACCAGUUGUUUUAGCAUUCGAUUGUUAUUUGGCUUUAUGUUAUGGUAUUUUCUACUUAUUUUUUGAAGCUUUCCCAAUCGUUUUCGUUGGCAUUUAUCAUUUUAGUAUGAUUGAACUUGGUUUAUCUUUCUUAGGUUUCCAAGUUGGUUGUGCUAUCGCAUAUUCCAUAUUUCUAUUCUUCCUAAUGAAAUAUUUGGUUCCUAAAUUUAAAAACAAUACAUUCCAACCAGAAGAUUUCUUAGUGCUAUCUAUGAGUGUUUGUUGGGCAUUACCAUUAGCUUUAUUCUUCUUUGGUUGGACAGCAAGUGUUCAUUGGAUCUUACCAAUUAUCUCUGAAAUCUUCUUCGUUAUCAACGUUUUCAAUUUAUUCCAAGUGACCUUUGCCUAUUUGGCUAUGGUUUAUCCAGAUCAUGUUGCUUCAGUUUACGCUGGUAACGGUCUAUGUCGUUCCGUUUUUGCAUGUGCCUUCCCAUUAUUCGGCCAAGCUAUGUUCAACAAUUUGGGUACCAAAAACUAUCCAGUUGCAUGGGGGGCUUCAUUAUUAGGUUUUGUUGCCAUUGGUAUGGCUUUUAUCCCAUUUAUCAUUUACAGAUAUGGUGCUACUUUACGUAGCAAGUCAAAAUAUACCGAUUAA